AUUCAUCAUCAUCACAAACACCUCGCCAUGUUCGCCGUCGCUCGUGGCAGUGCCGCCGCCAUGGCAGCAUACCGCGGCUCCCGCAACUUCUUUAGCUCCAAGCGCCUUGUUCAGAAAGGCUUGGUGUCCCCAGGCCUCCUUGUCCCAGCGCACAUCCCGCGGCCACCGUACACGACGAGUGCAGAAAUGCCACCGUUCCCGCCGUACAUCCCGAUCCUGGAUACCGACGAACAACAGCGGCUACGCGAAGCUUGUGCGCUUGCACGGGACAUCGUACAGUUCGCCGGCACGCUUGUGGAAGUAGGUCGCACCACCGACGACAUCGAUCGCGUCGUGCACGCUGAAAUCUGCCGACGCGGCGCGUAUCCAUCGCCGCUGCAUUACGGCGGGUUUCCUAAGUCCAUUUGCACAUCCGUCAACGAAAUCGUCGUGCACGGCAUCCCCGACAACCGACAGCUGGAAGACGGCGACCUCGUCAACAUCGACGUGUCCGUGUUCCUGAACGGGUUCCACGGCGACACGUCGUACACAUACCAAGUGGGGACCGUGGACUCUGCGGGUCAAGCGCUGAUCGCCGCCACCCAGCGCGCCCUGGACGAGUCCAUCUCGAUCUGCAAGGCCGGCGUGCCCUUCCAGGCCAUCGGCGCCCGCGUGCACGACGUCGCGAUGGCCACGUCACACAGCAUCAUCCACGAGUUCUGCGGCCACGGCAUCGGACGAACGUUCCAUGCGCUUCCGCUGAUUCUGCAUUUCCCCAACACCGAGCGCGGCGAGAUGCUUCCAGGCAUGGCAUUCACGAUUGAACCGGCGCUGUGCGAAGGCCGCAACGAGAUCGUGUACUGGGACGACGAGUGGACCGUGGCAACAGCAGACGGCAAGCGGUCGGCCCAGUUUGAGCACACGCUGCUCAUCACAGACGAUGGCGGCGUCGAGGUCCUCACGCUAUAGUUGGUUGGGUUGGCCGUUUAUCAUCUUCAUCAUAGAGCCAAGUUAUACUACUACUACGUAAUAUCGAGAGCAACACAUAGAUAAUCUCCAUCGUACGAGAACAAUGUGAUGCCUCAUGAUGGGGAUUGUCAUAGUGAAGAGAUCUGGGUCGAGCUAACGUCGGCACCAUGCCCAGUAAUGCUGUAUACUUCUUGUAGUUAAAAUGGUG